AUGAGGUUGUGCUCAAGUUUGAAAUGGGCCACGUGAGAGCACGGAAUCUGGCAUAUGACACACUCCCCGUCCUGAUCCACGGCAACGGGCCCACCAAGCUGCAGCUGAAUUACCUGGGCAACUACAUUCCCCGCUUCUGGACCUUUGAGACGGGCUGCACCGUGUGCGACGAGGGUCUGCGCAGCCUCAAAGGCAUUGGGGAUGAAGCUCUGCCGGUGGUCCUGGUGGGCGUGUUCAUUGAGCAGCCCACACCGUUCCUGUCCCUGUUCUUUCAGCGACUUCUGCGCCUCCGCUACCCUCAGAAACAGAUGCGGCUCUUUAUUCACAACCAUGAGCAGCACCACAGGGCUCAGGUGGAGCAGUUCUUGACAGAGCAUGGUGACAAGUACCAGUCUGUGAAACUGGUGGGCCCAGAGGUGCGGAUGGCAAACGCGGAGGCCAGGAACAUGGGCGCUGACCUGUGCCGCCAGGACCGGACCUGCACUUACUACUUUAGUGUGGACGCUGACGUGGCCCUGACCGAGCCGGAUAGCCUGCAGUUGCUGAUUGAGCAGAACAAGAAUGUCAUUGCCCCGCUCGUGACCCGCCAUGGGAGGCUGUGGUCCAACUUCUGGGGGGCACUGAGUGCAGAUGGCUACUACGCCCGCUCUGAGGACUACGUGGACAUCGUGCAGGGCCGAAGAGUUGGCGUCUGGAAUGUGCCCUACAUUUCAAACAUCUACCUGAUCAAAGGCAGUAUCUUGCGGGCUGAGCUGCUGCACCCUGACCUGUUCCACCACAGCAAGCUGGACGCCGACAUGGCCUUUUGUGCCAAUAUCCGGCAGCAGGAGGUCUUCAUGUUCCUGACUAACCGGCACACCUUCGGCCACCUGCUCUCCCUGGACAACUAUCAGACCACCCACCUCCACAGUGAUCUCUGGGAGGUGUUCAGCAACCCUGAGGACUGGAAGGAGAAGUACAUCCAUGAGGAUUACACCAAGGCCCUGGCUGGGAAGCUGGUGGAGACGCCUUGCCCAGAUGUCUACUGGUUCCCCAUCUUCACGGAGGCAGCCUGCGAUGAGCUUGUGGAGGAAAUGGAGCACUUCGGCCAGUGGUCUCUGGGUGAUAACAAGGACACCCGCAUCCAGGGUGGGUAUGAAAACGUGCCCACCAUCGACAUCCACAUGAACCAGAUCAACUUCGAGCGGGAGUGGCACAAGUUCUUGGUGGAAUACAUCGCCCCCUUGACGGAGAAGCUCUAUCCCGGGUACUACACCAAGGCCCAGUUUGAUUUGGCCUUCGUUGUCCGCUACAAGCCUGAUGAACAGCCCUCACUGAUGCCUCACCAUGAUGCCUCCACCUUCACCGUCAAUAUCGCUCUGAACCGGGUUGGGGAGGAUUAUGAGGGUGGAGGCUGUCGGUUCCUGCGCUACAACUGCUCCAUCCGAGCCCCACGGAAGGGCUGGGCUCUCAUGCACCCUGGGCGGCUCACGCACUACCACGAGGGGCUCCCUACCACCAGGGGCACCCGCUACAUCGCUGUCUCCUUUGUGGAUCCCUAACUGGUCACACCCGGCUCUCUUGGACCUUUCCUCUUUGCUGACAACCACUGCCCAGCAGUUCCUGGGGCCUCAGGGUCCCAGGGAACCGGUCCAGCCUCCAGGCUCUUGACUUCCCAUUGCUCUUGGAACUGCCAGUCGAACAGAUUGGGUGCAGGCCAGAGACAGGGCGCCUUUCUGAGGCUGAGGCUUUCUGUGAUCUCCACCAAGCCCCAGAAGACACUGAUCACGUUCAUGCUCCCCAACUGUCUUCCUGGAAAACCCAGUCCUGCCCCUUCCUCUAAUUCUCCCAUGGGGAGCAGAACCUGGCUUCCCAAGCUGCCCAGAGAGACGCCAGGGGUGUAACCCACACCUCAAAGCCACACCAGCAGAGCUGCCACCCCACUGGCUUCUGCUUCAAGGUUCAGGAUCACAGAGACCUGGAUCAGAUUCCAGAUCUCACUCUGAGCCCAGGACUGCAGAAGCUUCUUCCUCCAGGCUCCUGUCACAAGAGCACACCAUUGUCCCCUGGAGAUAGUGACUCAGAAAUCCUCUCAAGGGACAUGAAAGGAAACUGUGCCAAAGCUCCAUCCUCUGCUUCACCCUUGCUUGGAGGAGGGAGAGACAAGUCCACACUGCACUGGGUCACCCUGUCCUGAUGCCUCUGGAGAACGGGACAGAGACAGGAGGGUUCUAUUAAAGGUCUUUCAAACCACUGAGUGGAAGGUGCUUGGGGGCCAGUGUGCACAUUUCAGGGUGAGUGUCCGGGGCGGCGGUGGAUGUUAAAGCCCCUGGUCAAUAGGAAAGGCUCUGUCAGUAUCAACCCUUACAGCUCACAGUAAUGGCUGCUUGGAGCAUGCUGCUUUAUUUGCAAAGACCUGCACCAUCUGUCAUCUCCUUUGCUGCAAACAUGAACAUGGGAGAAUAGGGACUUGGUGCUUCUGGUGGCCCCAACCACACCUUGGCAUACUGUUCUGGCUAUGCUUCAGGGCGUUUAUCCAUAAUAAAAGCUGGCCAGGUACAGGAGGCUCAUGCCUGUAAUCCUAGCCACUCCAGAGGCAGAAAUUAGGAGGAUUAAGUUUCGUAGCCAACCUGGGCAAAAAAGUUUGUGAGACCCCC